AUGAUCUCCACAGCUUCCUCUUCAUUCGUUCUUUCUACAACAACUUCUCAAACCCAAAGUAUUUCAUUAGCUAAUCAUAAGACUAGAGUUAUAAAACGUAAGAGUCGAAGUUUAGUAUGGAAUUACUUUUCUAAACUUACCGAUGACAAUGCACUAUGCACACUUUGUCAAGCAACAAUAACACGUACAGGAACUACAACAUCUUCAUUUAUUUAUCAUUUAUCAAGUAAACAUCCAGAAGAACACAAUCUUAUGAAAAAGAAAUUAAGAUUAACCAAGAAAUCUGAAUUCACAAGUUUACCGUUAGACAAUGAACGGAGUCAAUAUUUAACACGUUUAGCUGCCGAAUUUCUAAUUUAUAACCUUCUUCCUAUGAGUCUUGUCGACUGUCCGAAAUUACAAACAAUUUUUACUGAAAUUGAACCAUCAUAUGGGUUACCGUGUAGAAAAUAUAUGAUGAAAACUGUAUUGGAAAAAAUGUAUAAUGAUACACGCACACAAGUUGCCAAUGAAUUAAAAAAUACUAAUGGUGUAUGCUUGACGAUGGAUGGUUGGUCAUCACAAACUGGACAGGCUUAUCUAACCGUUACUGCACAUUUUAUUACGAAGGAUUAUGUUUUAAAAUCAGUAGUAUUAGUUACAAUCGAAUUUGAAGGAAAUCAUACAAGCGAACGAUGUAAUGCAUUCUUGGAAGAACUUUGCAUUGAAUGGCUUAUAUUUCACUUAAUAACCUGUCUUGUGUCAGAUAAUUGUAGCGCAAUGAAGAAAACUGGUGUAAUGUUUGGUAGAGGCUGGUUUGGUUGUGGAGAUCAUUUAAUUAAUUUAUGCGUUCAAGAUGCAUUAAAAUUAUGUGAAGUAUCGGAAGCAUUAACAAGUAUUCGAAAAGUGGUAUCACAUGUGAAAAAUAGUCAUUUGGCCAGAGAACAUUUUCAUCAACAACAAUUCCACCUUAAAGAGAAAAGUUUUCAAAAACAUUUAAAUCAAGCUAAAUUGAGUACAGGAAUUUCAUGGGAUUUACUAACGCAGAUAAAAUGCAUAUUAAAGCCUUUUGAAACAGCCACGAGAGAAUUAUCAUCUGAAGCACAACCAACUAUGUCAAGAGUUUUGUCUGUGGUGACUGCAUUAUUUAAUAGUUUGGAACCGGAUCCAAAAGAUUCUUCAUUGCAACAAAAAGUGAAAAAUACGAUAAGAUCUGGAAUGGAAAGAAGGUUUGAAAAUGUUUAUAAAGAAGAAUUGGUUUUGCUAUGUACAGUACUUGAUCCAAACUUUAAAAAUUUUUUGUUCGCUACUUUAACGUUUUAUGAUAAAAGACCAACAACAAAGGCAUUAAUUGAUAAAAUGGGAGCAUUUACUUCAAAACAAGAAGCAUAUAAUUUAUUAAAACAACAAUAUGAUUUAGUAAAUCCAUACAAUACACAAUCUACAGUAACAACACAACCAUGUAGAAUAACAUCAGAUUCUAAUGAUCACAAGGAAACAGAUCUUUUUGAUUUUAUGGUUGAUGGCGGACAUUCGAAUCAAGCACAAAGUCAAUCUCGUGCCAUGAAUGAAUUUGAAAUAUAUUCAAAAGAAGAACAAAUACCAAAAAGUUUAUCAUCCUUAGAAUGGUGGAAAUCAAAACAGACCAAAUAUCCAGUGUUAUCAGAACUUGCACGCAAAUAUUUAUCAAUUCAAUCAUCGUCUGCACCAUCAGAAAGAAUUUUUUCAACUGCUGGCCUGAUAACAUCUGAUCGUAGAUCACGUUUAACACCCGACAAUGCCGACACUAUAAUUUUUUUGAACAAAAAUAUGAACUGGUAA